UGAUGAUAAGAGUUGCCUCCAACGACAAAACUGGCCAGCUUUUAAGGGGGCCAAAAGAAUCCUACCAAUCUUACUAAUUUUUUUUUUUUUUUUUUGUUUCUUUAGCCUUCAUAUAUAAAACUCAAACCCCCCACUAGGAGAAGACUUUAUAUAUAAUUAUGCGAUAAUUCUUUUUUAUUAUUUCUUGUCAACGAAGACGACCCACGUCUGGUUCUUCUUUCCUCUGCACAAAAUAAAUUUUCUUGCUUAUUACAUUACAGGACCAUUUCUCCAUUGUCUCCAAUAAGGGUGGUUUCCAAAUUUUAUUAUUGUUGCUACUUUCUUUCUUUUCUUUCUUCGCUCUUAGCUUUAUAAGUCUCUAAUAUGUGCUUUUCCCUUCAAUCAUUUAUCUCCCCUCUUAAACAACAUCCUUCCUUUAUUUUAUGCACUGAAAUGAACUGGCAGCAUCUUUGCUUGGAUUAUAAGUUCCUAUAAAAGCAUGCACCGCUCUUCUUUUACUUUUUGCUCUUGAAUAAUUCCUCCAAGAUUUAAUCACUAUAGUUUCCUGAAAGAAUGGGAAGGCAACCUUGCUGUGAUAAGAUUGGUCUCAAGAGAGGUCCAUGGACUAUUGAAGAAGAUCACAAGCUCAUGAACUUUAUCCUUAAUAAUGGUAUUCAUUGCUGGCGAAUGGUUCCUAAGCUUGCAGGUCUGCUACGAUGUGGAAAGAGCUGUAGACUGCGAUGGAUUAAUUAUCUGAGGCCUGAUCUUAAGAGAGGUGGUUUCACAGAAAUGGAAGAGAAUCAGAUUAUUCAGCUUCAUUCGCGACUUGGCAAUAGGUGGUCUAAGAUUGCCUCUCAUUUUCCUGGCCGUACCGACAAUGAAAUCAAGAACCACUGGAACACCCGAAUCAAGAAGAGGCUAAAGCAACUUGGUUUAGACCCUCUUACUCACAAACCUAUUGGGAAAAUAGAAAAGGUUCUUACUGAUGAGCCAAUUCCUGAAGAGUCUAACUCGUCGAGUGUUGGACAAGUUGAUAAAGCCAAAAAUGAGUUGAUGGUAAGAACAGAAGACAAAAGAGAGACACAAGAGUCAGCAUUGGAUAACAAUCAAGCGUUGAGUAGCGGAAGCAUGGAUUUUGGUUCAUGGGUUGAUGAAAUAGAAAAACAUGUUUCUUCUAGUUCUUCAUUGUCUGUCGAAGAAUCUAACAAUCCUUCCAUUGGUGAAUCUCCUUCAGUUCAAGAUGAUUGCUCCUUGCAACAGUGGCUUGAUAGUGUUGAUUCUAUUCUUCCAUGGGAUAGCUUCGCCCACCUAGGUGAUGAUAUUUUCUUUCCGGGGAAUAAUUCCCAAUGUAACAAACCAAAUUCUUUCCCUAAGUAUUCUUAAUUAUUUCAUCAUCAAGUAACAAACAUGUUUUCUUUAAAAGAAGAAGAAAAAAAAAAAACAUCAACUCAUGAGUACUGUGACUGACGAGUGCUAGCACUUUUUUUUCUGCUCUUUCUUUGUUAGUCUGAUUAAAAUUUGUUUUUGUUUCAAUGUAAGUUCUUGUUCUUUCACUGUCAUAAGGAUUGAGAUUGUAAGAAAAAUGACAUAAAGUAGUGGGACAAAAAAGCUGUUGAAGCUUGACCUUUUUAGCUAUAUAUUUCUCUGUAUCAAUUAUAUCAUAUUUCAUAAUGUAGUGUGGUCUCUUUCUCUUAA